CUUUGGAAAGAAGGCGGUCCACGAUGACGUCAACCGUCUAUAAAGUGAAAACAUCGUUUUAAUUACACCAUUCACAAUCGAAACUCCAUACCAAUACAACGCAGCCUAGGACUUAGUUUACUGAAUAUAUAUCCAGGUUACUUACGCCAACGCUGGAAUCUCAACAAUCAAAAAUUUUCAACCAACUUAAACAAGAAAAAAUGGGAGAAGUGUGCCUGCUAAACCCAAUUUCUAACUUUCAAGACCAGGAUAAGUCGUUUUUAGACAUCAGUAAUAGCUACAAUCGUAGCCCAGGCUUUGUGGAGCAGUCUCAUAUGUUUGCUCCUACCAGUCCAUUUGAAGCUGAAAGGUCGGUAGAGUCACCAGUGGACGUGGAACAGUCUAUGUUCGAGAGUCCUCCAUACGAGAACGAAAGCAUGGAACAAGUACAGCAACUCAUCGUGAAAGAGGUUAUGAAAGAUAUCACAGUCGCUUGUCAAUAUCUCAAUAUUCCACAAGAUCCUCAAUACUGGACACAUGAGCAGGUAGAGAAAUGGGUCCUCUGGACAUUUCAUCACUAUGGUAUGCAACCAGCUAACAUGGAGUGUUUUUCCAUGAAUGGCUAUCAGCUCUGCAUGUUGUCUGACAUCAACUUCCGACAUAUUGACCCACGAUGUGGCGACAUUCUUUAUGCACACCUCGACAUUUGGAAAACAGCGGCCAAAAUGUACCCAGUUCCACAAAUGCAGCCAUCGAUUUUUAUGCAGCCUGAGAUCAAACCUGAAGAAUACAUGUACGUACAUCCAAGCGACAACAUAAGCACUGGCUCAAACAGUGAUGAUGAAGUAUCUCUUCCUUCACCAACUGCUUCCGGCCCAAACACCUCCAUGACCCCAAACCACAAAGGCGGUAUUCAUCUGUGGCAGUUUCUGAAAGAAUUGUUGCUGCAACCAGAUUCAUACAGUUAUUGUAUUAGAUGGCUUAACAGAACAGAAGGUAUUUUCAAGAUUGAAGAUUCAGUUGAAGUUGCUCGUUUGUGGGGACUGCGAAAAAACAGACCGGCAAUGAAUUACGAUAAACUGAGUCGAUCGAUCCGACAAUACUACAAAAAGGGAAUCAUGAAGAAGACAGAAGUUUCCCAGCGUCUUGUGUAUCAAUUUGUCCACCCAUGUUAAAAGAAAAAAUGAUUAACUUAGAUUGGACUUGUACUAAACAACAGAUUAUAUUUUUCAGUAAAAUCGGAGUUUGAUGGAACUUUCUUAUAAUAUGUAAAUUUUGAUAAUACUCAAAUAUAUUUGUAUAUAAUUGUAAAUUUAUUUCAGCUAAGAUUUGAUAUAAGAUUAUACCAAUACAUCAAGUGUGUAUAUAAAAUUAAUGAGAUUAUAUAUUUUAUGUUUAUAUUUAUUUAUUUUCAAUUAUCGAUUCAAGAUUUUAAUCUUUAGUAUUCAAGUUAUUCACAUUUUAUAUUCAGUAUUGAUGAUUCGAAAAAAAAAAAAAAAAUUGUUAGAGUGGUUAGUAGAAUGAAUGUGGUGCAUUCUGUCAAACUUGGGGGUUUGGUUCCCACUUUGAUUGCUUGAUAGUGUCCUGGGAAAAUGUACUUUAUCCCUGUUGUCUCUACCAAGGUGUAUAAGUUGAUACCUGGUAGGCCAAAGUAUUAAUGUGUAGGUUUAACUAAUGUUAUGGAACACUCUCCUGGAGAGAAUGUGUUCCUAGGUGUUUGGUCCAGUGACAGGGUGAUAAUGUGAGCGCAUAGCGGCCUUUAUUAAUAUGCACUGUAAACGACUGGUAUAAUCAUUAAUAAUUGAAUAUAUAUAUCUUGGUCAAUACGAAAGAAAAGUAUUUUGAGUCAUUCCUUAGAGAAAAAACUUUGCUUUGUAAAUGAAUUGCUUAGAAAGAGAUAAACAUAGUGGAUAUCUUGCAAGUAAUGUGAGAUAAUUAAGAGUACAGCCAAACGGCUGAAUUGUCAUGUGUCUGACAAAACGUAAACAAAAGGUUAACAAUCGUACUUUAAAAUAUAAUUUGCCUCUAUACAAAUAAACUUCUUUUAAUGACAGUAAUUCAUAUUACACAUAUUUUUAUGAAUUUUAAAUAUUGCACAACUACACAAGUUUUUGAAAUAUUUAUGCAAAGUAAAAUUUCUAUAAAACAUUAAAGUAAAUUAAGAAGAUUAAGAAGUCUUACUGAGAAUAAGUUUUAAAGUACUUAAGGUAUCGAAAAAUGAAACAGGUGUUUCGCAGAUUUACAACUUUUGUUGUAAUGUGUAUGUUCUAAGAACAUUUAUAUUGCUACAUAUGGUAUAGGAUUAGAAUUUUGCUUGAAGCUUUUACAGAUACUAUAUCAUGCAACUAUAUGUAGAAAAGAAUUACUCAAUAGUGCCAAAGAAUAAAUAAAUUGCUCAGCUUGCAAGAAAUAGAUAUAA